CUCACGUGCUCUUCACGUAUGCGUCUUACAAUGGUCAUGCUCGGAAAGGUUGAGCCUGCCGACGGCGGCCUGAAUGUGCGACAUGUUAUCUCACCGGAGCGACUGUGUCACGUUGCACAAGUGGCAUCAAGCUGCUCGAUUGCCGCAGGAGGUGAUCUUGCACAAGCUGAUGGACACUGCUCAACCCUCUGUAGAUAGAGUUCCAUGAGAAUGAUAACCACUCGGCCACCUGCUUCAGGUCGUGCAGUGGCGACACAGCACAUCAAUGGUCAGGGGACCGCCCCAGUGCAUUGGUCUGGUUGACAGGCGAAUGGCAUGGCAUCUCGACACAACAUGAAAGGGAUGAAGGAGCACAACAUUUUCAGCAAACAAUCCCAUUCUCUGAC